AUGAGUACAUCCGAGAAACGUCUUGCUGUGUGGUACACAAGAGAACACUUCGGCGAGCUCUGCAGCGCCCUCAUCGAAAAGCUAAUCACUCAAACAUCUCUAUCACUACAAGAUCUCACCUCAACGAAAGGCGUCGACAGCAGAAAUCAACUAAAAAAGUCACUCUGCACACUCAUCCAACAUGGCGUCGUCGAUUACAAAGCCAAUUCUCGAGGUACGAUCUUCUACGCGACUAGAGUGAGAGAACUACUCUACCGCUCACGUUUUACGCGUUAUCUCGAGGCUGUGAGAACAAUGUUGGGCGCUAGAGGAGAGUUGGUUGUGGCUGAUGUGUUGCAGCAUGGGAGGGUGAGGAUUGGUGACGUCAUGGAGAGAGUGAGGGAGAGACGAGAGGACGGGGACGAGAGGAGUGUGAGAGAGGUGGACGAGGAGACGAUAGAAAUGUGUGGAAAGUUGAUUGAAAUGAAGAUGUUGUUCGCGCCUUGUCGGCAUGUCCCGCCGGAAGUAGAUGAACAAGGGUGUGCGGCUUCUGUUCAGUCACACAAUCCAUUUGAACUCCCCACUGCCAUCACAUCAUUUCUUCAAGAGAAAACAAACUCGACCGCCGACUCAUCACAACCGGCAGCAAAACGUCGCAAACUCAAUCAACCAAUCACAUCCAAGGACACCACCCCACUCCAAUUAGACGACGGUGGCAUAUUCUAUCACCUCAAUUUCAGCCAGUUUCAUAGACAUUUUCUUCACCAGGCAAUCGUCGGUGCAGUCCAACAGAAAGUUGAUCCAAUCGCAUCAGUCAUCAUCAAAACGAUUCUAUCGAUGACGUCAUCCAAGCCACUCGAGUUUCAAUUCGGCGAAACAACAGCCAGUGUAUCGAGUUUCGAACUAUUCCAGCAUCUGCCUGCCGUCCCUUUGCUGUCUCGUGACGAGAUGAAUCAAUACCUCAGCAUUUUAACCAACGAUUCCACACGAUUUCUCAUCAAAGUGGGAGAGCAAGGCGGCGGCACGUAUGCCAUCAACGUUGGUGGAAUGAAGGAAACGCUUUGUGAGCAAACGAUUGAGAGUGUUGUUAGGGAACGAUUUGGAUCUCGAAGUCUCCGGGUGUUUCGUCUUCUCGUUGCUAAGAAACACUUAGAACAGAAGCAGGUGGGAGAGCUGGCGAUGAUUCCAGCGAAAGAAUCAAAGGAGCUGCUAUAUAAACUCUUCGUCGAGAAUUUUGUCACCGUGCAGGAAAUACCCCGAAGUGGUGACCACGCCCCCUCAAGGACAUUCUACCUCUUCACGGUCAACUUGGAGCAAGUUCGUCGUCUACUUCUCACUCAGUGUUAUGAAACGGCUGCCAACCUCACUAGUCGUCGUCACGUGGAGAUGGAAAAGAACGAGCGACUCAUCGAGAAGUCUCAACGCUGUGAGACGAUCGCCGAGACGCUGAGAACGUCGGGUAACGCGAGUAAGGAAGACUUGGCUGAGGUGGAAGAGAUGAUGACGCCGGCAGAGCAACAACAGUUGGAGAGACACAGAAAGACAGUGAAGAAGCUGGAGCAAGCCGAGCUACAGUUAGAAGACACGAUCAUAACAUUGUCAAAAUAUGAGUAGAAUAACCUACUAGCAGGAAGAAUGUUAUAUGCGAAUUAUUGUAUUUGAUAAUCUGUGUACUUGUUGUUAAUUAAUUAACGAAAU